AUGGCCAAUUCUGCCCAAACCCAGGAGCUGGUGUACCUGGUCACAGGUGGCUGUGGCUUCCUGGGGGAACAUGUGGUCCGAAUGCUGCUGCAGCGGGAACCCCGGCUCCGUGAGCUGCGCAUCUUUGACCUACACCUGGGUCCUUGGCUGGAGGAGCUGAAGACAGGGCCUGUGCAGGUGACUGCCAUCCAGGGGGACGUGACCCAGGCCCACGAGGUGGCAGCGGCCGUGGCCGGAGCCCAUGUGGUCAUCCACACAGCUGGGUUGGUGGAUGUGUUUGGGAAAACCAGUCCUGAGACCAUCCACGAGGUCAAUGUCCAGGGCACACAGAAUGUGAUCGAGGCUUGUGUGCAGACUGGAACACGCUUCCUGAUCUACACAAGCAGCAUGGAAGUUGUGGGGCCCAACAUCAAAGGCCAGCCCUUCUACAGGGGCAAUGAGAACACCCCCUAUGAAGCCGUACACCGACAUCCCUAUCCUUGCAGCAAGGCCCUAGCUGAGCGGCUCGUCCUGGAAGCCAAUGGAAGAGAGGUCCUGGGGGGGUUGCCCCUAGUGACAUGUGCCCUGCGUCCUACUGGCAUCUACGGCGAAGGCCACCAGAUCAUGAAGGACUUCUACCACCAGGGCCUGCGCCUGGGGGGCCGGCUCUUCCGGGCCAUUCCAGCCUCCGUGGAGCAUGGCCGGGUCUAUGUGGGGAACGUGGCCUGGAUGCACGUGCUGGUGGCCCGGGAGCUUGAACACCGAGCUGCCCUCAUGGGCGGCCAGGUGUACUUCUGCUAUGACAACUCGCCCUACAAGAGCUACGAGGACUUCAACAUGGAGUUCCUGGGUCCCUGCGGACUGCGGCUGGUGGGCACCCGCCCCCUGAUGCCCUACUGGCUGCUGGUGCUCCUGGCUGCCCUCAACACCCUGCUGCAGUGGCUGCUGCGACCGCUGCUGCUCUACGCGCCCCUGCUCAACCCUUACACUCUGGCCGUGGCCAACACCACCUUCACCGUCAGCACCGACAAGGCUCGGCGCCACUUCGGCUACGAGCCCCUGUUCUCCUGGGAGGAGAGCCGGACCCGCACUAUCCACUGGGUGCAGACCGCGGAGGGCUCAGCCUAG